GUCGCUUGGUGUUGGGAAUCGAUUUAUACGGCCGGCGAUCGCAGAUUUCCGCUCGAUUGGCUUUAUUCACCGGCUCAACGCGACACGGCCCGGCAGAGGCCGCGUCAUUGAGAACUCCACACCGCUCGUAACACUGCCAACAAUAAUAGCGACUGUUCACGUUAUUGACAAUACAAUCGCCAUCGUAAUAAACAGUCGCAGAGGUCCCGCGAGAGACGGAGGUGCCCUCAGUGCCAGCAUGGCACGUCGCCUCGCCCUCACCUUGUCAGUGGCGGCCGUCUCGGGGAUCGGCGUCUACACUAGCAGCGGAUUGGACCCGGCGGACAUCAGCGCCGUCAGGAUCGGCCGCGCCGUGUGGACGACCGCGCUGAUCAGUGCAGACUACAUGAGGACGUUAAAACGUAUGGAGUACGGAACAGAUGAGUACUGGGCAGCCAAGUCACAGGUUCACUUGCGCUCGGCGGAGCGGCUGCUGGAGCUGUGCUGCGCCAAUCGUGGCACGUUCAUCAAGGCCGGGCAGCACCUGGGCGCGCUGGACUACCUGCUGCCCGAGGAGUACACGCGCACGCUGCGGGUGCUGCACAGCAGUGCGCCCACCAGCCCCAUCGAGGACGUGCACAGAGUCGUUCGCGAAGAGCUGGGAAAAGAGGUGGGCGAGCUGUUCCAGAGUUUUGAUCCGAGGCCGCUGGGGACGGCGUCUCUGGCCCAGGUGCACCGCGCCACGCUUCGCGACGGCCGCACCGUGGCCGUCAAGGUGCAGCACCGCAAGGUGCGGAGUCAGGCGACUCGUGACCUCGACGUCAUGGAGGUGCUAGUGCGUGGAGUUGCGUGGCUCUUCCCAGACUUCCGCUUCCUGUGGCUGGUGGAGGAGGCUCGGAAGAACCUCCCCAUCGAGCUGGACUUCAUCAACGAAGGUCGCAACGCUGAGCGCGUCGCCUCCAUGCUUCACAAGUUCCACUUCCUGAAGGUGCCUCGCAUCUUCUGGGAGCUGUCGACGGAUCGCGUGCUCAUGAUGGAGUUCAUGGAAGGGGGGCAGAUCAACGACCGCGCGUACAUGCAGAGGCAUGGAAUAGACGUGAACCAGGUGUCGCGGUAUCUGGGCCGCAUGUACAGCGAAAUGAUCUUCGUGGAGGGGUUCGUGCACUGCGACCCGCACCCCGGGAACGUGCUGGUGCACAGGGACCCCGCAUCUGGUCACACGGAGGUCAUCCUGCUGGAUCAUGGCAUCUACCAGACGCUGUCCGACGGAUUCCGGGUGGACUACUGCCGCCUGUGGCAGGCGUUGCUCCGGGCGGAUGUGGCCGCUGUGGAGAAGCACGCGAGGAGCUUGGGGGCCGGCGACCUGUACGGGCUGUUUGCGUGCGUGCUCACGGCGCGCUCCUGGGACGUGGUGCAGCAAGGCAUCGACCGGGCGCCCAUCACGAGUAAAGAGGAGAGUGAGGUGCGGGGCAGUGCAGCCCAGUACCUGCCCCAAAUCAGCGAUCUUCUGAACCGCGUGCCGCGCGAGAUGCUGCUGCUGCUCAAGACGAACGACCUCCUGCGCGGCAUCGAGACGGUGCUGCGAACGCGCGCCGACGCCAGCUCCUUCAUCACCAUGUCGCGCUGCUGCGUGCGAGCCCUGUGCAGGUGGGAGGUGGAGCACGAGGCUUCGUGGGUCGGCCGGGCGAGGGUUCGGCUGGGCGCGUCGCUCACGCUCUGCCACCUCCGCAUGCAUGAGCUUCUGCUGUGGCUGCAGUCAUCGGCCGCUGCCCGCUGGAUCUGCACCGCACACUCGCACGUGCUAACGUCCGUGCCCGUCGCAGCCUGACCUGCAUUUGCACGCACAUAGACACUCGUGUGGACAUGAACCCGUACAAGCUGGCGCAGACAAAGAAAUAUACAAAGAGAACGCCCCUUUUAUUUACACUUUCGAGCUAAGAUUGAAGGCAUUAAUGCGUUAUAGUUGUAUCCGUGAGUCUGUCGGUCUCUAACGGGGGGGGGGGGG